AUGGAUGCUGGGAACCAUUCACCCGUGUCUCGAUUCAUUUUUGAACCAUUAUCUGAUAUCCACACUAUCAAGAUCAUUCUCUUCCUGCUGGUGCUGACAUUGUAUUUUUUGACCAUAAUGGGAAACAUCUUCAUCAUCUUUUCCAGCUUGACGAAUCCUGCUCUUCAGUCUCCAAUGUAUUUCUUCCUUCGAAAUUUAUCAUUCCUAGAGAUUGGAUACACCUCCACUAUAAUCCCCAAAAUGCUGUUCAACUUUCUUUCAGAAGACACGAGCAUUUCAUUCAUUGGCUGUGCCACACAGAUGUAUUUCUUUGGGUCUCUUGGAAUUGCAGAGUGUUGCUUGCUGGCUGCCAUGGCAUACGAUCGCUAUGUAGCAAUAUGCCGCCCUUUGCAUUACUCGGCCAUUAUGAACCGGACCAUUUGUCUGCAGAUCUCUACAGUCUGCUGGCUCAGUGGAGUGCUGGUGGUUUUAGUACCAGCAACAAUAAUAUUCACUCUCCCCUUCUGUGGACCCAACAGGAUCAAGCAUUUCUUCUGUGAUCUCCCUCCACUGCUGAGGUUGGCUUGUGCGGACAUUUAUAAAAGUGAAGUCAUAAUUUACACAGUCACUGUAGUGUUCAUCAUGCUUCCCUUUUUGCUGAUCUUGGUCUCCUAUGUCCAUAUCCUCCAUGCUGUCCUAAAGAUGUCUUCAACCACACACAGAAGCAAGGCCUUCUCCACUUGUUCUUCCCACAUCACAGUGGUGACUCUUUUUUAUGGAUCUGCUGUCCUAACAUAUCUGAGACCUACAUCUGCGAAUUCUUGGGAAACUGAUGAAGUGCUCUCAUUUUUUUACACUGUUGUGUGCCCUAUGUUGAAUCCCUUAAUCUACAGUCUCCGGAACAAAGAAAUGAAGGAUUCCCUUAAGAAACUGAUGUUCAAAAAAAAUAUUCUUUAG